AUGUAAUAGGACAAGAGCAUUGAACAAUAUUUCUAUAAUACAAGUCAUAUAAUUGGAAAGGGCAGUUUUGGGUGUGUUUACAGAGGCAUUAACUAAAGUACUUAAGGCGAAGUCGCCAUAAAAAUCAUCAAAAAGGCAAAUUUGGCAGGGUAUCCUUCUAUUUGUAUUUUAAGAUAAUCGUAUUCACAGUAGGCUUUGGUCAAUGAAAUGACAAUCCUGAAAAAACUUCAUUCGAAAAACAUAGUCAGGUUACUUGAUGUUUGUGAAAACCAGCAAAACUAUUAUCUUAUCUAAGAAUUUUGUUAAUAGGGGGAUCUGAGGAAGAUAUUGAAGCAAAAACAAUUGGAGGAGUAGGAGGCUAUAAGAAUUUUACAUGAUAUCCUUUCUGGAUACUAAAUAUUAUUGAAGAAUGGAAUUGUACAUAGAGAUAUCAAACCAGAAAAUAUCUUGAAUAGCAAUGGAGUAUUUAAACUUGGAGAUUUUGGUAUGGCAACUCAAUUGUCCAAACAGAGGAUGUUGAAUUCACGUGUUGGGACACCUUUGUAUAUGAGUCCACAGGUUCAAUAAAAUAGUAAUUAUACAAAUAAAUGUGACAUUUGGUCUAUAGGAAUCUUAUUUUAUGAAUGCUUAUAUGGUGCAAGUAAAGAACUUUAUUAUUGAGUAGCUCCUUGGUAUCAUGAGACAUCUUCUUAACUACUUAAGGACAUCCAGGAGCAGACUCUGAGGUUUCCAAAGUACCCAAAAGUUAGUGAUAUAAGCAAAUCAUUUAUUAAGAAAUGUUUAGAAAUCAACGAAAAAGAAAGAAUAGAUUGGAUGGACAUUUUCAGUCAUAAUAUAUUUCGAUAAAAUCCAAUUAAAAAGUUGGAUCAUAAUUUUCAAUAAAUAAUCAUGCAAAUCAAAAAUAUCAUUAAAAUGAGAAAAUUUAACAUAAAUUAAAUAAUUUAAAAUAUUUCAAUAGGAAAUCAACUUAAAUUUAAAGAUCUUGAACUAUUACUAAUUUCAAUCGAUAAAUAAUUUACAGCAGAUGAUGCCCAUUUGAUUUUUGACCAGUUGAGUCAUUUCAAUUCAGACUCGAUACCUUUACAAUGUGUGCUCUUUUGGUUAGGAUAAAAUUAAGUAAAUAUUCUAAAUUUAUAAUUUUGACAGGCAAUUUAAUCUUAAGCAAAGGAAUUAAGUCCUCCAAGAUCGAAGUAACAAGAAUAGGCCAAAGUGGAUGCUAUAUUGAAUGCUCUGAUCGUUCGGAUAAGGUUGAAUUCAAUAUCAAUAAUACAGUUAUUCAAUAAGGUAUUUUAAUUCCAUGUUAUGGUAGUAUGAUAUUACAUAAGGCUAAGAUAUCAGCCUAGAUAAAUUUGAGCAAAUAAUGUUCCAUAUCAAUAGUUAAUUAUCCAAGCCUGAUAUCUCUCUAUGUUAUAGAAAAAUAAAGGAGGAAAAUUCGGGAUGCUUAAAGAAGGAAGCCCUCCUUAACAUUUUUUAUGAAGAGUCAGAACUAGAUGAUACUGAUGAUGAUUUUUCUGUUUCCCCAGUCCAGCUUCCAAUUCAGGGACCUGGUUAAAAAUUAAUAUCAUGUAACAAUAUUGAAAUGUUAACUUGA